AUGGAUACAAGCAAAGGAAUGAAGAUAGAAAGUGAUGAGAAUUUACAAGUUUAUCCAAACUUGAACAAGACUCUGGAAGAGUUGAAAAAAUGUCCUCUCAUUGUUGAAGUAGAACAGAGAAACCAAACCAUUUCUUUGCCAAGAGAAGCUAGCAUUCCAUCUGCUUUAGCAAGCAAUGCAACAAGUCACAGUUUGACUCUCACAGACCCCAAUACGAAUACUGCAAGCACUAGCAAGAUGAAGAGCGCCUCAACACAAGAAUCCAACAAAAUUACAGAACACGGGCAAGAAGCUCAAUCACCUCUGCAUGUGUUGCCGAAUAUGGAGAUUGAAGACAUAAGAGUCAAUUAUGUUUUCAAGAAUAAGACUGAUCUAAAACACACACUUGCGAAAAUAGCCAUCAAGAAACACUUUCAGUACAGAAUUGAAAAAUCAUGUUCAGAAGCAUUUUGGGCAAAAUGCAUAGAUGACAAUUGUGGCUGGUAUGUACGUGUAAGAAGCUCAAAAGUAUCAGACUACUUUCGAGUUAUCAAAUACCAUAAACACCACACAUGCUCCUUAAAUCACAGAAAUUUUGAAAAUAGACAAGCAAGUGCAAAAGUCAUCAGUAGUUACUUCAAAGAGAAGUUUCGUGACCCAGGAUCAACCUAUCGACCAAGGAAAAUAAUACGAGACAUGAGAGAUGAACAUGGGGUAGGUGUAACGUACAAUAAAGCAUGGAGAGCAAAAACACUUGCAGUUGAUGAUGUUAGAGGGUCAAAUGAGGAAAGUUAUGCAUUGUUACCUUCAUAUUUGUAUAUGCUACAGUUGGCCAACCCAGGAACUAUCACAAGAGUAUGUAAAGAUGAAGAAAACAGGUUUAAAUACAUGUUUAUUGCUUUUGGUGCUUCAUUGGAUGGAUGGAAGCAAUGUAGACCAGUUAUAGUGGUAGAUGGAACAUUUUUAAAGACGAAAUGUGGAGGUACACUAUAUGCAGCUUGUGUUAAAGAUGGAAACAAUCAAAUUUUUCCGCUCGCCUUUGGAAUUGGGGAUUCAGAAAAUGACAAUGCAUGGAUAUGGUUCUUUACAAGACUAAAAGAAGCAAUAGGAGAUCGAGAAAACUUGUGCAUAGUAUCCGACAGGCAUAAAAGCAUCAAAAAUGCAGUUGAACAAGUGUAUCCUGGUGUAUAUCAUGGAGUUUGUCUUUAUCAUUUGAAGCAAAAUCUAAGGACUAAGUUUAGGGGAUUACAUGUGCAUGCCAUAUUUGAAACUGCUUCAAGAGCGUACUCAGCUCAAGAAUAUUAUUCUGCCAUGGUUGAAUUACAGAAAAUUAGCCCUGAAAUGACCACUUAUCUUUUGGAAGCAAAACCAGAAAAAUGGGCUCGGCCAUUCUUUCCAACGAAAAGGUAUAACAUUCUUACAAGUAACAUUGCCGAAUCUAUAAAUCUAGCAAUUGUGCAUGCGAGAGAAUUGCCUAUAACAUCAUUAAUAGAAGCUAUAAGAGAGAUGCUUCAAAGAUGGUUUUCAACAAGAAAAGAAGCAGCAAUCAACCAAUUUAUUGAAGUGACAAAAUGA